AUGCUGGCCGUAUCAUCCUGUCCAAAGUUGAAGACACUCAACACCGGAUGUUCCACCUUUGACCGGGUUUGCCCGGAGUUGUUGCUGGAUUCCUGCACUAGUCUCAAGGACUUGUUUAUACGCAUGAACAUGAUUCCCGACAUCGGCUCCCUGGGCAAGUGGCACGAGUUUCCUGCGAUGGAACAACUGGGCCUCAGCAUCAUCUCCGGUAAAAUGCUCCAAUACCGCAUCGGGAUCAUCCGAAAAUGUCCUCGUCUACGGUCCUUGGAGUUAUAUCGGAUCGACUUUCCUACCACCGCUCUGUGUGACCUUUCUCGCGACCUCCUGCCCACAUUCGACAACCAGGCGUUUCAUGCACUCGAGCGUCAUUUCUCAAGCCUACGAGCUCUCUAUCUUGACCGCUACAGCAGGGUCCCCAGCGCGGUGGCUCAUCGGAUUCUGACGUCGCGUCCAGAGCUAACGGGCUCCACUGCAGUUACCUUGGAUGCCCAAGGUAUCCUAGGCGUUAAGUACUUCAGGACGUUUAUUCCGUGA